CGUGAGAAGAGCGAACAUGGAUUACAAUUUAAAGUGGGGCAGUUUACCCAGUGUUCCCAGUCUAAAACAUCUAACCCAACCUGGAUUCGGACUCCCCAAAAAACAUCAGCAUGCAGCUGUGCAGGACCUGGUUAAGGGACAUAUUGAAUCAUUUGAUCAGGCUGUUACUGACGGUCUGUGUCGGGUUGUUCAGGCCAUUCCUCCUCUGGAGUUUAUGCACAAGGAGGACAGAAUUAGCCUGUCUUUCGUGGAAGCUGCUCUUCACAACCCCACUGUCACUAAAGGAGGAAUCUGCAAGGAUAUGCGUGUCUAUCCUGCAGAGUGCAGAGGAAGGAGGUGCACGUACAGAGGAAAGCUGAUGGUAGACGUCAGUUGUUCAAUCAAUGGGGUCCCUACAGCCAUUAUUAAACAGUCGUUGGGACAGGUGCCAAUCAUGGUGAAGUCCAAAUUGUGUAAUCUUCAUGGUCUUUCACCAAAGGAACUUAUAGAGCAUCAUGAAGAGGCAGAGGAAAUGGGAGGUUACUUUAUAGUAAACGGCAUUGAAAAAGUGAUCCGCAUGCUUAUUAUGCCAAGGAGGAACUACCCCAUUGCCCUGGCAAGACCCAAGUUUAGAAGCAGAGGACAAGGCUACACGCAGUAUGGAAUUAGUAUGCACUGUGUGAGAGAUGAGCAUACAUCCAUUAACAUGAACCUCCACUACCUGGACAAUGGAACAGUCAUGUUGAACUUUAUUUACAUGAAAGAGCUUUUUUUUCUUCCUCUGGGCUUUGCUCUUAAGGCCCUGGUGGACUUCUCGGACUACCAGAUCUACCAGGAGCUGAUAAAGGGGAGAGAAGAGAACUCCUUCUAUAAGAGCUGUGUGUCAGAGAUGUUACGCUUGGUAAUGGAGGAAGGUUGUACUACCAGAGCGAAGGUGCUUGACUAUCUAGGAGAACGCUUCCGGGUCAAACUCAACCUGCCAGAGUGGUACACACAUGAACAGUGUGCUGAAUUUCUUCUAGACGAGUGUCUCUGUAUUCACCUGAAGUCAGAUGCGGAAAAGUUCUACAUGCUUUGUCUGAUGACACGCAAGCUGUUUGCCUUUGCCAAGCAGGAGUGUAUGGAGGAGAAUCCAGACAGUCUGAUGUGUCAGGAAAUCCUCACUCCUGGUCAGCUCUACCUUAUGUUUCUAAAGGAGAAAAUGACAGGUUGGUUGGUGUCUGUGAAACUGGCCUUGGAUAAGAGGAGCCAGAAAAUCGGGAAACUGACCACAGAGAACUUGACCAAAAUAUUAAACAUGGGAACUGACCUUUCUAGGCCUUUCGAGUACAUGUUGGCUACAGGAAAUCUUGUAUCUAAAACAGGUCUGGGCAUGCUGCAGUCCAGUGGUCUGUGUGUGGUGGCUGACAAGCUGAACUUCAUUCGUUACCUGUCACACUUCCGCUGUGUGCACAGAGGAGCAGCCUUUGCAAAGAUGAGGACCACAGCGGUGAGAAAGCUUCUGCCUGAAUCCUGGGGCUUCCUGUGUCCUGUACACACACCUGAUGGAACACCGUGUGGAUUGAUGAACCACCUCACUGCCCACUGCGAGAUUGUAGCUCCUGUUCAACCCACCACCACUUUACCUGCCCUGCUUUGCUCCCUUGGUGUAACUCCAGUGGAUGGUACUCCUGGUCAGUCCUACACCUCCUGCUACCCUGUUAUACUGGAUGGCGCCAUGAUUGGGUGGGUCGAAAAAGAUCUGGCACCCUCUGUGGUUGAAUCGCUUCGCAGAUUCAAGGUUCUGGGAGAGAGAAAGAUGCCCCCAUGGACUGAGAUAGUCCUGGUUCCUAAUACAGGGAAAGCAAGUAUGUACCCAAGCCUGUACCUGUUUACCACUCCUUGCCGCAUGGUCCGACCAGUCCGCAACCUGGCCCAUGGCAAACAGGAACUUAUCGGCACCUUUGAACAGCUGUACCUAAACGUGGGAAUAUUUGAAGAUGAGAUUGCAGAAGGUGUCACCACCCAUCAGGAGCUUUUCCCCCACAGCAUGCUCAGUGUGGUGGCCAACUUCAUCCCAUUCUCAGACCACAACCAGAGCCCUAGGAACAUGUACCAGUGCCAGAUGGGUAAACAGACUAUGGGUUUCCCUCUGCACUCGUAUCAAGAUCGCUCGGAUAAUAAACUCUACCGCCUCCAGACCCCCCAGAGUCCUCUGGUCCGCCCUGUCAUGUACGAUCACUACAACAUAGACAACUAUCCCAUUGGCACAAAUGCCAUAGUGGCAGUCAUCUCCUAUACAGGCUAUGAUAUGGAGGAUGCCAUGAUUGUGAACAAAUCAUCUUGGGAGCGUGGUUUUGCUCACGGCUCUGUGUAUAAAACUGAGGUAAUAGAUCUGUCGGAGAAGGUGAAGGGUGAGGACAGUGUGGUGUUCGGGGUUAAACCUGGUGACCCUAAAGUAAUGGACAAACUGGAUGCGGAUGGACUGCCCCCUAUAGGAGCCGUUCUGAAUUACGGAGACCCGUUCUACAGCUGCAUCAAUCUUAACACAGGCCAGAGCUUUGUCACCUUCUACAAGAGUCAGGAGAGUUGUGUAAUAGACAACAUCAAAGCAUGCAGCAACGAUGCAGGCACAGGUCGCUUCAAGCGUGUCUGUAUCACCAUGCGAGUACCACGUAACCCUACCAUCGGAGACAAGUUUGCCAGCAGGCAUGGCCAGAAAGGCAUCCUGAGUCGGUUGUGGCCAGCUGAGGACAUGCCUUUUAGCGAGAGCGGCAUGACCCCGGACAUUCUAUUCAACCCUCAUGGAUUUCCAUCACGUAUGACCAUCGGAAUGCUGAUCGAGAGUAUGGCGGGCAAAUCGGCGGCACUACACGGCCUGUGCCAUGAUGCCACUCCAUUCACCUUCUCUGAACAGAACUCUGCCCUCGAACACUUUGGUAAUAUGCUAAAGGCGGCAGGAUAUGAUUACUACGGCACGGAACGUCUCUAUUCGGGUUUAAGCGGCCUGGAGCUGGAAGCUGACAUCUUCGUGGGUGUGGUUUAUUACCAGCGUCUGCGCCACAUGGUCUCUGACAAGUUUCAGGUCAGGACGACAGGAGCAAGAGACAAAGUGACUAAUCAACCAGUGGGAGGGAGGAACGUACAGGGUGGGAUCCGAUUCGGAGAAAUGGAGCGUGAUGCCUUGCUGGCCCACGGCUCGUCCUUUUUGCUACACGACCGCCUGUUUAACUGCUCGGACCGAUCGGUCGCUCAGGUCUGUGUACGCUGCGGAAGCCUGCUCUCUCCACUGCUGGAAAAGCCGCCACCUCACUGGUCUGCCACACGCCAUCGUAACACCAUCUGUACACUGUGCAAGAAGAGCGAUGCCAUCGAUACCGUGGCUGUGCCUUACGUGUUCCGCUACUUUGUGGCCGAGUUAGCAGCUAUGAACAUUAAAAUUAAGCUAGAUGUGAAGUAGGGCUGUAUGAUGAACAUAAAUGGGGGCAGUUGUAGCCUAGUGGUUGAGUAAUGGACUAGUAAGCAAAAGGUUGCUGGUUCAAACCCUGCUACUGCCAGGUUGCCACUGUUGGGCCCUUGAGCAAGGCCCUUAAUCCUCAAUUGCGUAGACUGUAUACUGUUAGUACUGAAAAUAAAUGAGAUAUUUUGUUAUAUUA